AACUGUAAAUUGUGGUUUUAGGCAAACGGGACCUCUCUCUGUGUGACAAACACAGCUCGAGCUUUCUUAAUUUUCCGGGAAACUUUUAUCUUGAUUUUCCUGAGAAAGUUGGUCCCGGCUCCGUCACAGCACCGACUCCAAGGUCAAAAUUCCGACUUCUUUUUGAAUCUUUCUUUUUGUUGUCUGCGUUUGGCCGAAAGAAAGUUACAGAGAACCGUUUCAAAUUCAUUACAUUUCUGCUUCCGUUGCUUUAAUUAGGGUUUUCGCACCCGAAUUUGGGUAUUUGCAUUGAUUCCAGCGGCGUAAAUUGUCUCUGAAGACGGUGGCCGAUUUUUGAAGUCUUCAAAAUUCGAUUGUUCAGCUUCUUUUUGGUGUUCUUUUUUCAAGGUUUGGUUUUGGGGUUCAAUGUGAAAUUAGGUUUUGGGUUGUUAUAUUUUGAGGGAGAUUUUGUGGAAUUGAAUGGUUAGAAUAUGAUUAUCAAACGGCCUCUGAAAUUCGAAAUGCCAAAUGUGAAACGUUGCAAGCUCGAAGAGCCCGAAGCUACACCCUAUGAAUUUUCCGCGAAUCCGAAGAAGCGGAAAACGAAUGGGUACAGCUCAGUUGGCAAUGGAGAGGGCGAAGAUUUCAGCAGCGGUUCAGGUUCUUCGUACAACGACGAGUUGUCUUGGCCCACCAAAGAGGUCCAGUCAAAUUUGGAGCGAUUGAUUAAUCAACGAGCGUUGAAUCGGAGCUCCGGGAAGUUCCGGAGGUCGUCACGAGGACGAAUUCAGAUGCUUCCUUCGAGGUUUAACGAUUCAGUCAUUGAUGUAUAUAAAAAUAGAGAAACUAAUUUUGACGAAGAAGAAGGUUAUGAAGUUUUAGUAGAAGAUGAUAUAGAGGGAAUUGAGAAAUUGGGUUUUGUAAGAAAGAGCCAGGAGGAUAUUUAUAGGCACAAGAAUUCGAAGAAGUUCCAAUAUUAUGGGAAGGAAGAACAAGAAGAAGACGACGUGGAUUGUAUAGGGUAUAACCAUUUUGAUCAUAGAAACUAUACGACUUUGAACAAAAGUGGGAAAUAUAGAGAUGGGUUUAGUUUAGGGGGCAUGGAGAAAAUUAGCAAAGCCAAUGGUGCAAAGAAGAAAGAAAUAUAUAAACCACAGGACUUUGCUUUGGGUGACAUUGUUUGGGCUAAGUGUGGGAAGAGCUACCCGGCUUGGCCAGCCGUGGUGAUCGACCCCAUAUUGCAAGCUCCAAAAUCAGUUUUGAGGUGCUGUGUUCCUGGUGCUAUAUGUGUGAUGUUCUAUGGGUUCUCAAAGAAUGGAACACAAAGGGAUUAUGGGUGGGUGAGGCAGGGAAUGGUGUUCCCCUUUCCGCAGUUCAUGGACAGAUUUCGGGGGCAGACACAGUUAUACAAGAGCAAGCCAAGUGAUUUUCAGAUGGCAAUAGAGGAGGCGUUGUUAGCAGAAAAUGGGUUUCUGGACACAAGCUUUGGGACAACAACUAAUUCAGAGGAAAAUCCCGCCCAAUUCCAAGAGGCUACUGGGUUUUAUCAAGAUCAGGAAUAUUACUCUCAGAGCCAUGAAGCAUAUCAUAAAGACACAAGGGCUUGUGAUUGUUGUGGUUUGGUUACUCCUUCUAAAGCUAUGAAAAAAAUGAAGGGCUCACGUUCUGAAACCCAACUUUUAUGUACACAUUGUGCCAAGUUAAAAAAAUCAAAACAAUAUUGUGGCAUAUGCCAGAAAAUAUGGCACCACUCAGAUGGUGGGAAUUGGGUAUGCUGUGAUGGUUGUAAUGUUUGGGUGCAUGCUGAGUGUGACAAAAUUUCCAGUAAUGUUUUCAAGGACCUGGAGCACAUUGAUUACUUUUGCCCUGAUUGCAAAGCAAAGUCGAAGUGUGGAUCAUCAGAUUUGGUAAAACGUCAGAAAAAAACCAGUUCUGCUCUACACGUCCAGAAAUCGUUGAAUCCUGAGCAGAUAACUGUAGUUUGUAAUGGCAUGGAAGGAACAUAUGUUCCAAAACUUCAUAUGGUUAUUUGUAAGUGUGGUUCUUGUGGGUCAAAGAAGCAGACACCUAGUGAAUGGGAAAAGCACACAGGCUGUAGAGCAAAAAAAUGGAAGUAUAGUGUGAAAGUGAAGGCUACAAUGCUACCACUGGAAAAAUGGAUUGCAGAGUAUAAUGAACAUGGCUUUAAUCCUGCCAAUUUAGAUAAGAGGCGUCUGCUUGAUUUUUUGCAAGAGAAGUAUGAGCCAGUUAAUACAAAGUGGACAACGGAAAGAUGUGCGGUUUGUAGAUGGGUUGAAGAUUGGGAGGAUAACAAAAUUAUUAUAUGCAACAGGUGUCAGAUAGCUGUGCACCAAGAAUGCUAUGGCGCAAAAGAUGUGCAGGAUUUUACAUCGUGGGUUUGUAGAGCAUGUGAAACACCUGAUGUUAUUAGAGAGUGUUGUCUUUGUCCUGUAAGAGGAGGUGCUUUGAAGCCUACUGAUGUUGACACCUUGUGGGUUCAUGUCUCUUGCGCUUGGUUUCGCCGUGAAGUUGGUUUCUUGAAUCAUGAGAAAAUGGAACCUGCUGUUGGAAUCCUCAAAAUCCCACCAACUACUUUUUUGAAGCGUUGUGUAAUUUGUAAGCAGAUUCACGGUUCCUGCACCCAGUGUUGCAAAUGUGCUACUCAUUUUCAUACAAUGUGUGCAUCAAGAGCAGGCUACAGCAUGGAAUUGCACAGUCUAGAGAAGAAUGGGAUACAAAUCACAAGAAAGUUGAUAUAUUGUGCAGUUCACAGGACCCCAAAUCCAGAUGCUGUUGUAGUUGUGCAUACUCCUUCGGGGGUUUUUGCUGCCAGAAACUCACUUCAAAAUCAGAAGGGGUGCUUCAGGGGUGCAAGGGUGGUGCCAUCAGAAAGGACUGAGCUUCCAGAACCUUCGACCUCAGAGACUAACGAGUUUGAACCACUCUCUGCUGCAAGAUGCUGUGCUUUUAAAAGAUCAAACUAUAAGAGAGGUGAGCAGCUAGCAAUAUUCCACCGACCAAUGGGGCCAACACAUCAUUCCUUGGACACAAUAAAUAGCUUGAGUACAUUUAAAGAAGUAGAAGAUUCUAAAAUUUUUUCUUCAUUCAAGGAUCGGCUUUUCCAUUUACAGAAAACUGAAAAUCACCGGGUUUGUUUUGGGAAAUCUGGAAUACAUGGAUGGGGUCUAUUUGCGCGUAGGAAUUUUCAAGAAGGAGAAAUGGUUGUUGAGUAUCGUGGUGAGAAGGUGAGGCCUAGCAUUGCAGAUCUGAGGGAAGCACGAUACAGGCGGGAAGGCAAAGAUUGCUAUCUCUUCAAGAUCAGUGAUGAAGUAGUAAUUGAUGCUACGAAUAAGGGAAAUAUAGCACGCUUAAUUAACCAUUCGUGCAUGCCCAACUGCUUUGCAAGGAUCAUGAGCGUGGGUGACGAAGACAGCCGAAUAGUUCUCAUUGCUAAGACUAACGUGCCUGUCGGUGAAGAACUAACGUACGAUUACUUGUUUGAUCCGGAUGAACAUGAUGAGCUGAAAGUCCCCUGCCUGUGUAAAGCUCCCAACUGUAGGAAAUUUAUGAAUUAGUUCACAGUUCUUACAUUUUUUUUGCUCCCAAUUCAUCUCUGCACAGAGCUGACCCAUCUCCUAACCAAUAAGUUCACCUUUUCUUUCUCUUUUCCCUGAGCUUGUAAUUCUUUCAAGUUUCUUUACUGCUAGUCGUGUUGUAACCAUUCAGUUACAAUGUAAUACCCCAAAUAUUUGGCUGCGGCCUUUUUUUCGUGUAAAAGUUUGACAGAUUAUUAUGCAAUCUUCUCAUGUCUAACUGUAA